CCUUCCAUCCUGAGCCCUUCUCCUGUCUCCUUCCCGACGCCGCCCUCCGUCGCCAUCACCGUGAUAACCUCGCCUCCUUGGAGUCUCCCGCCAGCGCAAAAGUCUCCUGCACCUUCUCCAUGGACGCCAUCACUAGCUCCGCCUUGCCCUCAGGAAUCGGCGAUAUCCUCCCUCCGCGACACUCCCCUACCUCUCGGUUUUGCACUUUUCCGGCAUUCCGCCCUGCGUGCUUGAUGAGGCUCUCGUACCAUCAAUCUGAAGCUCGUAUCUUCUCCCGUAGGCUUCAAUCCGUGUCCCCUGGUGUUUCCGGGAGUGAUGCGGGAGGAGAUGAGACGAACGUCUCAGGGUUCCUCCCCGCUGCUGAAAGAUUUCCAUCGAUCGAGUCCUGCAUCGCCUGCUUGCAAGGAGUGAUUACAUCAAUAUUUCAACAUUCUAUAAGGCCAAACUAUCAGUCCUUACAGAUUGAUUCACAUCUCCAUGGUGGCCUGGAGAUGGAUGUUUCAAAAUUCCCAGAGACUGCAAGAUAUGUCACCGGAGGAAAUGGAUCUAGAGCUGGAUUAUUUAGAACACCAAUAUCAGGUGGCGUACAAAGUGCAACAUCUGCUCAUGAUUUACCUUCCCCAGCCUUAGCUGUCCGCAAUCUUAUGGAACAGGCCAGAUUUGCUCAUUUGUGCACUACCAUGUCACGAAUGCAUCAUCGUCGGGAAGGAUAUCCUUUUGGUUCAUUAGUUGAUUUUGUACCAGACUCAAUGGGCCAUCCAAUCUUUUCACUUUCACCACUUGCUAUUCAUACACGAAACCUUUUGGCAGAUCCAAGAUCUAGUCUUGUAGUCCAAAUUCCUGGUUGGAGUUGCUUAUCAAAUGCACGGGUGACAAUAUUUGGUGAUAUUGUGCCCCUUCCAGCCAAUCAACAGGAAUCGGCCCGUAAGCACUACAUGACAAAACACCAGCAAUGGGCAUCCCAUCAGUGGGGAAAUUUCUAUUACUACAGAAUGCAGAAUAUAAGUGAUAUUUAUUUUAUUGGAGGAUUUGGAACUGUGGCAUGGAUCGAUGUUAAUGAAUAUGAGGCCACCCAACCUGACAAGAUUGCAGUUAUUGGUGGAGAGCAAAGUUUCAAGGAACUAAAUGCAAUGUUCUCAAAGCCACUUAAAGAACUCUUGUCUACAGAAACAGAGAUAGAUGAUGCGGCUCUCAUAUCAAUAGACAGCAAAGGCACUGAUAUAAGGGUUCGACAGGGUGCACAGUUCAACAUCCAAAGGCUGUCAUUCGAGGUAGAACACUUGGUGGAGACUCUGGAUGAAGCAAAGAAAGCACUGCACAAGAUCAUCAAGAACAAGAGCUACGAAUCUAGAAGAUUGUCUUGAUCAAACGUUGAAGAUUUUGCGAGUCCCAUCGACAAUAUCGUAGAUCCCAAAUAGAAUCAACAAAUAAGGAUGUUUGUUCUUGCAAAAAUGUCUAUUCUUUUAUUUGGUCACAUAAGAUGAAAAUAAGAUCUAAGAUAUUUGCAGUAUUAAUCAUGUGACGAAUGAGGUAGAAUUAAUAAUGUAUGAGGUGUAUCCUUAUACAAUAUAUUGACCAUUAAAUCAUUUAAAUGCAUAAUAAAUUUCUUGUCAUUGUAUUGGAAUUCAUAUUAUUAUUGUCAAUGAUAAAAUUGUAUAAUUAUUUUUU